AUGUUCUUUAUUAAUGGACCGAUUCAAAAUGUCAAGCAGAAUAUCUCUUCGCGAAUAAAGGAUAUCCGCAGAAUAUUUGUGAGAAAGGAGACGAAUCAAUAUGGUCAAGGUGGUUUAUCAAAAUUCCUGUCUUCAGAUUUACUUCCGGCUGAUGCUAAAGAAUCAAGCUAUCGCACCCUAAGCCGUUCUCGGCAGUAUUCUGACGAUUACUUGAAGGAGUUCAAAAAUGUCAGUAGAGAUUAUGAAUUGCUAUUGUCAGGUCUGGGAAGUAUGAGGAACGUCUUUCUUGUUUAA